GGCCAGAAGUCAGCAAGGACGAAUGGGAAGCUGGAAAUAAAGAAAAAAACAUCUCUUUUGCCACUUUCCCAAAGUGGCUAACGUUUAUUUUUGCUCCCCACAGUGUUCGAGAAGGAAGUGUAUCUUCAUACAUCAUCACACCUGAAACCAGAUCUGAUCCACCUGCAGAGAUGGCAGCAGAGCCACUGCCUUUCUCCUUUGGGACAGUGUCCAGCUGGGAGCUGGAAGCCUGGUAUGCGGACUUGCAGGAGGUCCUGUCCUCUGAUGAAAACGGGGGGACCUAUGUCUCGCCCCCUGGAAAUGAAGAGGAAGAACCCAAAACCUUCACUACGCUUGACCCUGCCUCUCUGGCUUGGCUGUCUGACGACUCAGGACCUGCAGAAGUCACCAACACCUCCCAGAGCCCCCGCUCUCCAGAUUCUAGUCAGAGCUCCCUGGCCCAGGAGGAAGAAGACGACCGAGGAAGAACCAGGAAAAGAAAACAGAGUGGCCAGUGCCCAGCCCGGGCUGGAAAGCAGCGCAUGAAGGAAAAGGAACAAGAGAACGAGAGGAAAGUGGCACAGCUAGCUGAAGAGAAUGACCGGCUCAAGCAGGAGAUUGAGCGCCUCACCAGGGAAGUAGAGGCAACCCGCCGAGCUCUCAUUGACAGGAUGGUGAAUCUACACCAAGCAUGAACAGUCAGUCAGUCCUCUUUGGGCCACUACUUACCUUCCACAGAAGUGGCUCUGAGCACAUUUUCACACCUGUGCCAAUGAUGUAACCCAUAACUAUACAUACUCCAUAAGGGCUUGGGAGAGACAAAGGGAGAGAUCUCGGCUUGUAUAUAAGGAUUGUAAAUUUAUUUAUUAUUGUCUUGCCAUUAAAAGUGACUUUGCGAACCA